CCCGGGCGCCCAGACUCGCGUCUCGUUUUUUUUAUAACUUGUCACCAUGAGUAUCGUGGCUUCAGAGAACGUCUUUUUGUCCGCUUUACAGCCCAACAGCUCGGUCACCACCUACGGGCUCCCGUCUGACAUCCAUGUCGGGAACGGGGGCUCCGUGUCGGAUGAGGUGGCCAGAGCCCGGCGCGUCCAGCAGCAGGUCCAGAUGAGACUGGCGGAGAAGUCCACACUUUCGCGUCAGAACGGAUCGGCCUCGCAUUACGCCAUGUCAGACUACGGCGGUUCUUCAACAAUGAAGUAUCAAACCUAUAACCCAAGUUACAGCUCUAAAUCAUCCUACAUGUACUCAGGCUCCAGAACAAUGGGUCCACGUGUAUCCCAGAGGUCAGGCUUCAGCUGCCAGUCUGCUGGCCCAGACAUUGCCCAGUUCCACAGGAUCAGUGUCGGGGGUGGAGGGAUUGGUGGUGGUGGUGGCGGCGGCGGCAGUUUUUAUCGAGAGGACAUACGCUUGGGCGGCUACCAAGGCGGCAUGAGGCAGCAGAACCGGAUGGAGUCAGAGCCCCUCUCCAUGCACGCAGUGCGGCAGCACACUGCGCAGGUGAAUCCCUGGAUGGUUGAUGGCAGCGACGCCGGCAGCAUGGUCUCCGACCGGGACGCCACCUUCAGCCGCCAGUACGCUCAGAGCGCAAUCAAUGGCUACACCAGCCAGGUGAGGCAAGGAGGAGGCACCAUGACCUUUUCGGCACCCAUGCGCCGAUCUCUUAGUGGCACUCUUUCCCGUGGUGGAGGGAUGACAGGAGGAGAGAUGGAGAUCACCCAGCAACAUUCCUUCAAAGGCCCAGCCCACCGCACCAUCAGCAGGAUUACAAACCGAAACCGGAUGAGCAUGGGCUCCAUAUCUGGGCCCCUGCAGCAGCAGAUAUCCUCUGGUGGGAGCACCUAUGGUGGGGACAGAGUGGAUAGAGGCUUCAUCGCACAAGGAGUGUCCUCAGCUUCUCAGGGGAACCUAAUGAUGCAGCGCCCGGGCACCCUGUCCCGUGCCGUCUCAAUGAAGAGCAUGCAGAGUGUGGGCAAGGGCAUGGACAUCUUCGGUGGGCAGAUGGACAUGGGAGCCAGCAUGGGCAACCUCAGCGGGAUCACCUCCUUGGACAUGCCCACAGCAGUGCAGAACCUGAGAGAGCCCGACCCUGAGCUGCAGGUUCUGGGUGCUGCCUACAUUCAGCAUGAGUGUUACAAUGAUAGCGAUGCUAAAAAUGAGGUGCGUCGCCUGAAGGGCAUUGGUGAGCUGGUGAAGCUGUUCAACUCUGAGAACCAGGAAGUGCAGCGUUUCGCCACUGGGGCCACACGCAACCUCAUCUAUGAGAAUAUGGACAACAAGGUGGCCCUGAUCGAGGAGGGCGGCAUCCCACAGCUGGUUGAGGCACUUAAGGAGCCCGAUGAUGAGCUCCGCAAAAACAUCACAGGUAUCUUGUGGAACCUUUCAUCCAAAGACAACCUGAAGCAGAAACUGGCCAGGGAGACACUUCCUGAUCUGACUGAGAAGAUCCUCAUCCCUCUGUCGUACAGCGGAGACUCUGAUCACAUCGAGCAGUCCGCCUCAGAGGCGGAGAUCUUCUACAACACCACAGGAUGCCUCAGGAAUCUGAGCUCUGUGAACGAAAAGACCCGUCAGCAGAUGAGAGAAACACAGGGACUGGUGGACUCUCUGGUGGCCUACGUCAAGGCCUCCCUUGAGGAGAACAAGGCAGAGGACAAGGGGGUUGAAAAUGCAAUGUGUGUCUUGAGGAACCUCUCCUACCAGCUCUACGGUGAGAUACCUCCAUCUAUUCAGAUGCGCCUGGAAGGACCAACCAGAGCUCAGGAAACAGGAAAGGGUGACGCCAUUGGCUGCUUUACACCUCAGAGCAAAAAAGCUAAAAAUAGCAAGAACCAGGACCUCUGCACUUUCACCGAGGUUGCUCGCGUGCCAAAGAACAUGGAGUGGCUGUGGCACCCGCAGAUAGUGGGGGUGUACAACCGUGUGCUGCAGCAGUGUGAGAUCAACUCCACCACCCGCGAGGCAGCCGCUGGAGCGCUGCAGAACAUCACUGCUGGAGACAAGAGGUGGGCUUCAGUGCUGAGCCGGGUGGCAUUGGAGCAGGAGCGCAUGCUGCCGGUGGUGCUGGACCUCAUGCGUACCAACAAGGACCUGGAGCUGCGUUCCCUCACAGGCUUCCUCCGAAAUCUGUCCCGCCAUGCCAAGAAUAAGAAUGACAUGGCCACAAAGGUGGUGAACAACCUGGUGACCAAGCUGCCUGCUGACGGACACCAGAAGGAGCCCUCCAGCGAGGUGGUGGUCAACAUCUGCGGCGUUCUCAAUAACCUGGUGACCAGCAGCUCUGUGGCUGCCAGAGACAUCACUUUCUUUGAUGGCCUGCCAAAACUGGUCGGCAUUAAAACCUCACAUGACAACAGCUCUGGGAAGAUAAAGGCAGCCAAAGCAGCAGCCACAGUUCUCAUCAACAUGUUCCAGUACAAGAAACUGCACAACUCAUACAAACAGAAAGGGUUUACAAGACCAGAUUUUGCGGACACGAUGAUCUAAAACAAAGCACAAGUUCACUUUUACAACAGUGAGCAGUCCUGCACCGUGCCAGCCCCCCUUUGGAAGAAAUCUUUCCGAAUAUGCAGGAGUAAAUUGACUCUUUACACUAUUCUAACAUGGCGUAGGUUAAAUUUGGUACUUUGUGAGGAGAACAUGAACAGACAAGUGAUGGAGGAUCAACCUGGCGGAAGAGGGAGUUCCCGUAAAACUUGAUGGACAUAAAAUGUGGAUCCAGUUUGGUGGACUAUUGAUGGACUCUGAUACAAAUGUGUGCACCUUAACCAUGUACUCUCUUUGUUUGAACACUGUAUGUUUUAGUGUGGAAUCAGGGAUUUCUUUUCUGUCACAGCAGCAGGUAUUCAGAUCCAGCUGCAGCUGUUUGCAUUUCUGCCGUUCGACACCAGUUCACAACUGGCGAUGGACAAUGUUGUGGACACUUGUGCCUUAUCGCCUCGCAAUUGCUUCUCAGUUAAAGCACAAAUGCAAACAAAAUGCGAUACUAAUGUGGCAUUUUUGUAAAUAUUGCUCCCUCUUUUAUGCAGAAAUCGAAAGUUUUUUAUACUGUAGCUAUUAACUUUGCAUUUGUAGUUUGGAUAAAUAAAUAUGUUUAUAAAUGAGUGAAAUAGUUAUAACAGAACAUAAACCAAAGGAGAUUUAUGGAAACAGUGAUCAGUGAUCACUGAAAUUUAGAUGUUCGUAAAUUUGAUUAGAAGAUCUGGGGAUAAUGGUUGUGCCUUCAAAGCUGACUUAUGUAUUUAGUUAGGUGCCUUUUAAGCUUGCGAAAUCUCAGUCUUGUCAUAUGAAAUGUUGAUGUGUGACAUUCAUAAUCGCUUUGUCAAACACAACUUACAGUAACACCAUCAUGUCUGUUUAUUUUCCUUAAACAUGCCGUUAUAACUGCUGUUUGUCUCGCUUAUUAAACGGUGUGAGUGUGAUACACGUCACUUCGUUUUCAGAACAAAUACAAUAUUUGUUGAGUAUUUGCAGCCUUUAUAUGUCUUUACGAAUCACCAGUUUUUUAUUGGCAAGUAUAAUAACAUUGGCAACAAUUGUAUGCAUGGAUCUUGUAAAUAUUCUUUAAAAGUUUAAUUGAAAAAUCUUUGUGACUGUAACUGCUCUUUGGUAGAAAUGGUGAUCUUCCUGUUUUAAUAUUUGCUUUUGUGUUGUAUGCAGGCAGAUGUAUCAUGCUACUGUUUUUCAGCUAAUAAAGAGACAGACUCGGAAGUGAAA